AGAGCAGAGCGAAACCAAAGAAAAGUAGUAGUGGCACGCUUCCCCCCUCUCGCCAUGCCCCCCGCGCACCCGUUCCUCCUCUCCUCCUCCUCCCGUCUCCCUACCGCCGCCCUCUUCUCCUCCCUCGCCCGCUGCGCCCGCGCCGGCCCCCGCGUCCGCCCCCGCCGCAGCCCGCUGCCCACGCGUGGCAUCAUGGCCUCCGCCGCCGCCGAGGCGCCGUCGCCCCCUCCUCCCGCCGCGGCGGAGGAGCCCGCCCGCCCGCGGAGGCCGCUGGAGGAGCUCGCCUGGGACAACUCCUUCGUCCGCGACCUGCCCGGCGACCUCCGAUCCGACGCCAUCCCCCGCGAGGUUCUGCACGCUUGCUACACCAAGGUGUCUCCCUCGGCGCCCGUCGACAACCCUAAGCUGGUGGCGUGGUCCCAGUCCGUGGCUGACAUCCUCGAUCUGGAUCACAAAGAGUUUGAAAGACCUGAUUUCCCUCAGCUGUUUUCAGGAGCAAGUCCUUUGGUUGGGAGUUCGCCUUAUGCCCAGUGCUAUGGUGGACACCAGUUUGGUGUAUGGGCUGGUCAGUUGGGUGAUGGACGAGCAAUAACUCUUGGAGAGGUUAUCAACUCUCGAGGUGAGAGGUGGGAGUUGCAGCUCAAGGGUUGUGGAAAGACUCCAUACAGCCGAUUUGCAGAUGGCCUUGCUGUCCUCCGCAGCAGCAUUCGUGAAUUCCUAUGCAGUGAAGCUAUGCAUGGCCUAGGCAUCCCUACAACUCGUGCUCUUUGUCUUGUUGAAACUGGCAAAUCUGUUGUUCGAGAUAUGUUCUAUGAUGGCAAUUCAAAGGAGGAACCAGGUGCCAUUGUAUGCCGUGUAGCACCAUCCUUUUUACGGUUUGGUUCAUACCAGAUACAUGCCACAAGGGAUAAAGAGGACCUUGAGAUUGUUUGUCAGUUGGCAGACUACACAAUACGUCAUCACUACCCACAUCUUCAAAAUAUUAAGAAGAGUGAAGGUUUAUCUUUCGAAGCAGCUAUAGGGGACUCUCCAGCGAUAGAUCUUACUUCGAACAAAUAUGCAGCCUGGGCAGUUGAGGUUGCAGAGCGCACUGCUUUUUUGAUAGCCAGGUGGCAAGGUGUUGGUUUUACCCAUGGUGUGCUCAACACGGAUAAUAUGAGUGUAUUAGGCCUAACUAUUGACUAUGGACCCUUUGGCUUUUUGGAUGCUUUUGAUCCUAGCUAUACUCCAAAUACAACUGAUCUCCCUGGGAAGAGAUACUGUUUUGCAAAUCAACCUGAUGUUGGCUUGUGGAAUAUUGCUCAGUUUACCUCACCAUUGACAGCUGCCGAACUUAUUAGCAAAGAUGAGGCAAAUUAUGUGAUGGAGAGGUAUGGGACAAAGUUCAUGGAUGAGUAUCAAUCUAUAAUGACCAGGAAGCUUGGUCUACCCAAGUAUAAUAAGCAGCUAAUAGGCAAGCUGCUUAGCAACCUCGCUGUUGAUAAGGUUGAUUAUACAAACUUUUUCCGUCUUCUUUCAAAUGUCAAAGCGGAUCGUAACAUUCCAGAGAAGGACCUACUUGUUCCACUUAAAGCUGCACUCCUGGAUAUUGGACAAGAACGAAAGGAAGCAUGGAUUAGUUGGGUACAAACUUACAUUGAAGAGUUGGUGUCAAGUGGUGUUCCUGACGAAGAAAGGAAAGCUGCAAUGAACUCUGUUAAUCCAAAGUAUAUUCUUCGGAACUAUCUCUGCCAGAGUGCAAUUGACGCAGCUGAGCAAGGUGAUCAUGAUGAAGUUCGUCGGUUAUUGAAAGUUAUGGAACAUCCAUAUGAUGACCAGCCAGGAAUGGAAAAAUAUGCACGGUUGCCACCAGCCUGGGCAUACAGGCCAGGGGUGUGCAUGCUGUCGUGCUCAUCAUGAUCUCAACAUCUGGCACCUCAAAUACGCAAAGUUGUUUUUUUCCCUUUUUUUUUCUGUAUAGGUUACCUAAUUUUGAGUUAUACUGCUAUAGUGUUUAAGGCAUCACAUGUUAUUUUACUGGCGAUGCAUAUCAGAAACUAUGUUAUCAAUGUUGAGUUAUCAUAUUUCUGUGGGUAGUUAUGCAUUCAUGAGCAGUUGGGAAAUAGAACGUAGAUGGUGCUGUUGAUGUAAGCAACUUAUUUUUCACAAGCAGAUGAACAUGAGGUGUUUUUAGCUGCCCA